AAAAAAGACCAGAAUACUGAGGUACUCCGACACUUUGGGAUAAAAUGGUAGUAAAGGUUUACAUCGCAUCUUCAUCUGGCUCUGUCGCGAUAAAAAAGAAUCAGCAGGACGUGGUAGGCUUUCUCGAGGCCAAUCGGAUCAACUUUCAGGAGAUAGACAUCACGAUGUUGGAAAAAGAGCGACUGUGGAUGUACAACAACAUUCCCAAACACAGGCAGCCGGAGAAGGGGAGACCUGUGCCUCCACAGAUCUUCAAUGAGGAUCGAUACUGUGGGGACUAUGAAGACUUCUUCCAUUCCAAGGAAAACAACACAGUGUUUGCAUUUUUGGGCCUCAAGUCAAAACCCUCCAUAAAAGAUUCUGAGUCCUGAAACAUAUGCAUGAUUUAUACAAAAACCUGAAGAAGCCAUGGACCCUUCCUGUGUUGGUUUAGUGUAUUAUAUUUUUCCUGUAUGCUCUUUUUGCACACAAAUUGCCAAACACCAAAACUCUGUGUGAUCCUGCUCUUCGUCUUCUGCCCAGUGAGGAUUUGUGCUUUUGUGUUUUUAAUUGCACCAACUGCUCCACAGCUGUUCCAGUCAGUAGAUGUUAAUGAGAGCUGUGUUCAGUGUCUAAGAGCCGAUUUCUGCAUACUGUAUCUUUAUAUAAAAAAGUAAUUCUGUUCUUGUAAGUAGAACUACAUCCAUGUAUUACCAGUUUGUCAGAAUACUGCCAAAUUGCUAUGAAAUUCAUGCUUGGUUUUUGCACUUUCCUAUCUACUAAUUGUACACAUUGUUGGAGAAUAAAGCUGUAG